AUGCAGGCAACUGCAGAGUCGGUUUCAGGGCAGGUUUUGCCUAACAAUUGCAUCAGGUAUGAUGAAUCGGAGGACUUAGAUUGUUAUCUAGAACGUUUCGAAUUGUAUCUGAUAGCGAGUGGCUUGACAGUACCUGACACACAGUCAGUGAAUGGGAGCGCGACCACAGUGGAUCGCGGGGGUGACAAGAGAGUAGUGGCGCUGCUAUUGAACGCUAUCGAGGCUCGCUACUACGGGAUUGUUCGUGAUUUGGUAUCACCGGCAAAACCAAGUGACAAGUCAUAUGUGCAGUUGAAGCAAAUACUGCGAAAGCAUUUCAAACGUACACCAGUCACCGUAGCUGAAAAGCGCAAGUUUAUUAGACGUGAUCAGGCACCGGGUGAGAGCACGAGUGAUUACGUUGUACAGUUGAAACAUCUCAGCCUACAUUGUGAGUAUGCUGAUAAACUUGAUGAGCAGCUACGAGACCGCUUUAUCAGUGGUUUGAAUGAUGAGUCUACUUCACUGAAACUUAUGGAAAAGGCUACUGAGACCCCUAACAUGACGUUUCAGCAGGCUGUGGACUUCACCCUAUCGAAACAAACAGCUGCGGGGGAGGUCUGGGCGAUGCGUUCAGAGGGCUCUUCAGGUUGCACCAAGUCCAGUGUUCAUGCAGUUCGCGGUAAACAGCAGUCUGGUCAGAAAGGUAGCAGGCGAAAGCAAGAAUGUUAUCGUUGUGGUCGACACCAUACACCAGAGGAGUGUUGGUUCAAGUCCGAAACGUGCAGAUACUGUAAAAAGAAAGGACACAUCGAAAGGAAGUGUCGAGCCAAGGGCAAGAAUGAAAUGAAACAAACAGAACACUCAGACUGUAAAUCUAAGAUGAGUCACAAGAGUAAAGUUCAAACGAAGAAAAAUAAUUGUAGUGAUGUACAUAAGAUGCAUGAAAACAGGAAACCUAUGUCUAACAGUAAUGCUAGGAAGGAAGCUAGAGUUUUACAUGAUUCCAGUAGUAGUAGUGAGGAAUGCAGUGUGGAAUAUGAUCACACAUUGUUCAAGUUAGACGUUAUUAGUAAGUCAAAGGUUAGGCCAAGUACAGGUUCAGAGAGUGAUCCAAUUAUAGUUCCUGUUGUCAUUGAAGGUAAAGUCACACAUAUGGAACUUGAUACAGGGUCAAGUGUGAGCAUGAUACCAUUGUCAUACUAUGAGAAACAUCUAUCACAUGUGAAGAUGCAUGAGUCAGAAAAGUCUUUGGUGAGUUUUAUCACAAACCAAACAGUCAAACCAGUUGGGAAAGUUCAUGUAGAGGUCACACAUGGAAAGUACCAGGGUAAACUGAGUUUGUAUGUGGUAGAACAUACAGAGUAUUUGCUAUUUGGGAGAGAUUGGUUAUCAAUAGUACCACUGAAUUGGAAGUCUCUGAUAUCCAGGGUAAGCGGUAAUCAUGAUCAUAGUCAGGUUCAUCAUGUUGGUGAGCUGGAUAGAGUCCUGAAUAAGCAUAAUAGAUUGUUUGAAGAUAGACUAGGUAAGCUCACAAAAGCAAGAGCGCACAUUUCAGUAAAAGAUGAUGCUAAACCAGUAACUACAAGGCCAUACAAGGUACCUUUUGCAAUGAGAGAUAAGGUAGAAGAAGAAUUGGAAAGAUUACAGAAGUGUGGGGUUUUGACUGCUAUUGAUCAUAGUGAAUGGAGUACUGGAAUCGUAGCAGUUCCAAAGAAGGAUGGGUCUGUCCGCAUAUGUGGAAAUUACAAAACUACAGUGAAUCCAGUUUUGGAUCCAGUUCAGCCCCCCAAUAUCAAUGUAGAGAACAUAUUGGCAAAUCUAGGUGGAGGUGUGUUAUUUUCUACCGUAGAUCUAGCACAUGCUUACAACCAGUUAGAGUUGGAUGAAGAGUCUAAGAAGUUCCUAGUAAUAUCUACACAUACGGGGUUAUUUCAACAGAAUCGCCUGGUAUUUGGUAUUACUAGUGCACCAGCUAUUUGGCAGAGUGCUAUUGAACAGGUACUACAGGGGAUACCUGGGGUACAAGUAUACUUAGAUGACAUAUUGGUAACUGGGCGUACUGUUGAAGAGCAUCAUGCCAAUUUGGAUAAGGAUCUCACAUGCCUUGAAGAGCGUAACCUUACAUUGAGGAAAAUGAAAUGUACGUUUGCUCAGCCAUCAGUAGAGUUCUUAGGUCAUGUCAUAGAUGCAAACGGAGUACAUACUGUAGAAGAGAAAGUACAGAAAAUAAGAGAAUCUUCCUAG